AAUAAAUAACUAAUUUGGUUCAGAAAAUCCAACCAAAUAAUCGCUCUCGUUGAACUCAGCUCAAGCCGUCUGGGAAAUCCGAUCGCCAAUUGCCGAACGAAGAUAAAGCCCUGCGCUGCUUUUUCUUUUUCUCCCCGUGUUCGCUACUGCUCCCUUCCUCCCGAGAAUUCCCUUAUUUUCUUUUAAUUCCUCCAUAAGAAUUUCUUCUCGUCCCAAAUUGCUGCCCCCUCUCCUUAAUUCCGUCCCAAGCGAAUUAAUUCCGCCCGUGCCAAUCUCUUUUUUCCCAUGUCCAAUUCAAAGUCCCAUUCUUUUUUCCCAAAGACGCUGUCAUUAUCCCCCACUACAGGGCCAAAAUAAUGCUCCAAGGAAUGCCUUCUUGCUCCAUUUUGUGUCCCCGUCCAAGUCUCCUGGCGAUCCAAAUAAUUCCCCAGUGCUCGCCAUUUCCAGCGUAAUUCCAGCCCAAAGCUAAUUGUUGGGCCUCAAGUCCAACUCGUACUCGCCAUUUGCAACUCGUACUCGUACUCCGCAGAGGUGAAGAUCGGCGGAGGAGUUAGUGGACGGCAAAGGUGAAGAUGACCGCCAGAUUGGGAGGGGAAGGGAGACAAACAAAGAUGCUCAUAGUUGAACUGUUGAAGGGAGACAAAAUUAGAUUAGGAUUUUUAGAUCUGCUUGUACAAUAAAUUAAAUUACAAUUUUAGUUUAAGUAAGGGUAAAUCGAUCAUUUCCCAUUUCAGUUAACGACCACUUUACAUAAUUUUUAACGCAAGAGUAUUUUCGUUAUGUGGUGAUAUUAGAAAGGCACGUUUAUGUGCAAAUAUAAUACAGGAACACGUUUGUUAAUUUAUGAUAGUAUAGGAGUACAAAAUGCUAUUAACCAAAUGAAAAUGACAAACCAGUAAAGAAAAGAAAAAUGGAACAAAAACAAAAGGAAAUCUACACAUAAUAUAAUACGCCGAAGGUAAAAACGGGAGCCCCAUUUCAAAUUUCCUGCAACGAGAGUGAAAGUAGGAAGGACAUUUUAGUCUUCACAAUUACUUUUUUUUAUUCAUUAAAAAGACACGUACUGGGAUUCGAACCAUGACCAUUUUAAAGAAAAGCUAAGAUCACAACCAAUCACACUAAGUACAUUUGUUGUAUCUUUCUAAAUUAAAAACAUAUAAUAGCAGGGAGGAAAAAACCUUUUCCCCAUUUCAAAUUCUCUGCUCGAGGAGCGUUUGUAGGAAAGGUAGAAUAGGGAGUGUCAAUUUUUUUCUCUUUCCUCUGUGGAACGGGCCAACUUACAGUACACAUGCGAAUUUAAACGGGCCCAGGAGUGUCAAUUUUUUUCUUUAAGCCCUUUUAUUUCUCUGUUGUGAUAAAAUAUAUAUGAAAAGGAGUUGAAUGUAUGGUAUCUAAUGAGCUAAUCGCUAACCAUAAAAUAAAAGAGUUGAAUGGGCCUGACCUACAUGGGAUUUGGCCAUCAAGUGAAACAAAUGAACAUCAUUGGUUUGUCAUUCUAAAACAAGCUAUUUUCUCUGGCAUAAUAUAUAUUAUGCUAUUAUUCUAUAUCUUAUUGGCUAAAAUAUAAUGUAUUUUAGAGUUAUUCCAUGGUUCAACCUCGACCAACCCAAUUAGUCUAAUUUUUAUCAUUUCAAAUAUAUAUUUUAUAAUUAUUUGAUAUCAUAAUGAUCAAAUUAUAAUGUAUUUUAUAGGGAGUCGUUUGGUAUUUGUUAGUAAAAAACUAAACAUAAAAGAUCUAUUUAGUUAUUUUAAACAUUAAAACGAUCCUAAAUAUUUUCAGUUCCUUUUGAAUUUCUAUGGUUUUAUUCCCGAAUAAGUGAUGUGCAAAUGGCGAAUUGUAGUCGUCUCUUUUCUUUCACUAUUUUUUAUUUUCAAAUAGAAAGUUUAAAAGUAAAGAAUAAUUAGAAUUUGGCAUGGGUCGGUCAAACAGGCUGAAUUUCAAGUUUUGGCCCGUUUGUUUUAUGCAUUGCAAAUUUAUUAGCAUGUUGAUGGAAAUGGCUUGGAAAAAAGACAUAUAAGUUGUACCUUUGCAGAAAUGUCCUCAAAUGUUUGAAUGCAUUGUGAAUCAGUUUUCGUGACUUUUGUGAUGGUGUAUGUGCUUGACGAUUGCUCGAUGUUGUAACUGCUUAAUUUGAGAGUAAAUCUUUUGAUUUUCCCUAUGAGUUGUGAUACCAGUUCUGGUGGUUGCAGCAUGUUGUCGUUGUUGGCCUGUAAAAGUUGUUCAGUCGUGAUGCUAAAUACCUUUCUUUCUUUUUUAACAAAUUGUGUAGUAGUGCUAUGAAACAGACCACCCAUGAACGCGACGCUUAUUAUGGUCUGUUCUUACUUCCGGUGGUGAGAAAUUGUGAAUUGAGAAUCAUAUUCGCCUACCGCACUGUGUCUGGCUGGUGGCUGCUUACUGUGCUCUCUAGAGUUAUGAAACAGACUACCCAUGAACGUUACCCUUAAGGGUCCAUAACUUUGCGAAAAACCAAAUUUAGGCAAUCAAAGGUGGUGGAUGUGUGAUGAUUUUUUAUGGCUUAAUUGUUUGUGAAUUGGAUAUCUGAUCUUUGUAUGAUUAGAGGGGAUGUUUGCUUAAUAGAAUAAUAUAUUUUAAUUCAUGUUUAUUUUUAACAUGAACUUUAGUAACUCAAAACCUUCGAGACACAUAUCACCUACUGCAUUGUAUCAUUUUCCCUGGGUGCUUGCUGUGUUGUCAAACUUCUUUGCUGUUGCUGCUGCUUUUAUACUAACAGGGGAGUUAAGAACCCAUGAAUGUUUCCGUUUGACACAAACAGGAGGAAUUGCUUCUAAAUCGUGCACUAAAGAUGAUUGGAGGAAACAUUUCUGUUGCAGUUGAUAUACUGUAGACCAGAACAAAAGCAAUUUAUCACAUCAAAACCAACCAUAUGAACUAUUAGCAUUGUUGCUUUACUCUUUUUUCGUGGUUGAGUCUCCUUCAAAAAUUUUAGUUUGAUUUUAGAAAAUUUUGCUUCUGCAGUCCUGUCUUGCCACCAACGCGUUCAGUAGAUGGAGAUGGCAGAGGCGAAGGCUAUUUUUGUGUGUUGUUGCUGGUUUAGGGAUCGGUUUGUGAAGAAGAGGGAGAAGAGAGGGGGAAAGGGAAAUGCAGGAGAGGGGGGUAACUCUUUUCUCCGACAAAAAUGGAGUGAAGAAAGGAAUUAUGAUCAGUAAGAAUAUGGUUAUCUUACAUAACAGUCUCUAUUCUGUGUGAAAUGAGCUUGGGAGGCAGUGUUAAAGAUGAGCUGCAACCAAUUCAUAGUGAGAAGAGAGCUAUGAACUGUGAUCAUGUCUUAUUUCAAGUUAGAAGGUAGUUUCAGUAUAAGGAUUAUUUAAUUUGACAAGUUGUUUCGUCCAUGAUUCUUGGUAGUUUCAGUGCCAUUCUAGCCAUUGUUUAGUCUGUAAUUUUUUAGAAUUGAUGUGCGAGUAAUGACUUUCACUUAGCUUCAACUAUUAUGUGUGUAUUUAUUGGCAUGUGAUAGAAAUCUCUUUUCCUUUUCUUUGAAUUCAGUUUCAUACUCUAAUUGUAUCAUUUGUACAUAGGCAAAUCAUGCUCGAGAUGACAACUCGCUAAUAUGGCUGGUGCAAGGAACGAAAGCCAUCAUUAGAAUUCAGACCGACAACGGGGAGGAAUGCCCAGGACUAAUUUAAUGAUGAUUGAUGAUGGUAUAAUAAAAACUGCAGUCUGCAUCAGCACCAAUUUCUAGGCCUAAGUAAAGUUAUUAAACCCAGAACUCUGCUUAGCGCUAAAAAUUUCCCUCGCCCAACCUUGAUCCUGUUUGACCCACUUCUGAAGAGUCAAGAUAUAUGACUAAUCCUCUCCGUUCAUAUUUUCUUAUUGACUCUUUCUGACCCUUUAGGUUAGGACGGGUCGGGAAGAAUCAGAUUAGUGGGUUGGUCCUAAUAAAGUGGAAUCCCAAUCCCUUCAUUCUCACUUGCUUUCUCUCCCAUUCCACAAGUGGGUAACAUACAGUAGUCUUGCAUGCGGAAGACUUGCAGCUGGCAAACCCAGCUUUAGGUACCAAAAUUUAUCCUUUUACUUCGUUCUUCCAUUCCCAUUUUGGUUUUAAGCUUUACCAAAUAAUUGGAGCUUUGUUGGGGUUUUUCGAACCUAUUACAGAAACCAAAGAUAACUCAUGUAUGCUACAUUGUUCGUUAUCUUGACCGAUGCUCUUUACUGGUGAAUGAGUCUUCUUUCUUUGUCGGUGCAUCAUACUUUAAUAUUUUAUAACUGUUUUGUGAAGUAGAAAUUGUAGUGGUAUAACUACGACAAGAUGGUAAGUGGUAACUGAGAAAAAAAUACCAGCUAUGAUUUGAUCGGGCCGUGGAACGAUGUGGAAGAUUACUGUGAUUUGGUUGUUCUCAAGUUAUUCUUGCCAAUGGGUUACUGAAAGUAGUUGGUCAAAGGUCGUGGCUUUAUUUAUUUAUGGAGUUUCUGAAGGUUUUGUGAGGCAAAUAUACCUUCCUUUCUUAAUGUAGAUAUAUAGUAGGCAAUUAUGCGUUCCUUUCUUAAUUAAUGUACAUAUAUAGUAGGCAAUUAUACGUAGUUGUUGGAUGACCCAUAUAUUGCUAGAACUUUCGGAUGGUUGAGUUGCAAACUCUUUUGGGCCAUCCGGACGAGGGAUUAUGAUAAUUAGGAAUUUAUAUGUAGGAUGUGUGGCAAAUAGUUUGAGCCCCCUCCAAUUUACUAAUGACUGUUCCAAAUCCAAAAUUGCACAAUAGCUCAAUUGUUGGGCGUGAAUUAAACAAUUUUGUAUCAGGAUUACAGCUUUGGAAAUGUUAAUAUAGUCAACUGAUUCUCCUGAGUUUUGUGUUAGAGCUUAUGAACUUACAGGUGAUGCGGAUUCAAUGGUCUUCCGCAGUAUGUUGGUAGGAUAUAUGCAGUAUGUUGCACUGUGGAAGUACUUUUGUUUUAUAUAUGUUGGUAGGAUAUAUUAUGCUUCCUUUGUUUUAAAAAUUGAUGUGCUCUUUUCUGUAUACACCGGUAGACUUGCCAUUUUCCCAACCCAUAUGUUCAUGUCCAAAUUAUCUAUUUGCGACAUGUAGGCUGUAAAGCAAGAACCGGGAUGUGUUGACAACUAAGUUUUUGAUGCAUUAUUUGUUUUAUAAAGGGUCAAACUGCAGCUUCGGAAAUGUUAAUAGAGGUUAACUGAUUCUCCUGGGUUUUGUUAGAGCUUAUGAACUUACAGUUGCGGUGCGGAUUCAAUGGUCUUCUGGAUCUCGAUUUAAGAUGCCCCUCUAGAAAAAGGAUUCGUCUAGCAUUUGUCAGUUGUCAUCCUAUUAAAUAUUAAUAUUUGUUUUUUUUUAAUCUUGGGAAGCACAUAGUAUCAGGAUUGUAGUUGAUGUCGGGCAAGUAAAUUCAUGAAGAAAUAUGAAUUGAUGGACCGGGUUGUGUAAAGUGUCAAUAUUAUUUGCCAAAAAAAAUAUGGUACUUCCUUACUUCAUAUAAUUUAUAUGUAUUUUCAUCAACAUUAUAGUGCUUUUAAAUGUAUGAAAUACUUCUAAAUCUUUCGUGAUGUAACUGUGGGUAUCGAUACUAAUAUUUUUUAAAUGCAAAAUGACUGACCAUUACUUAAUUAUUACCAAAAUCUAUUCAUAAUGAUUACUUCACAACAGACCAACGGGCCGAGCAAAGACGCAUUCAAGACGCAAGCUGAUGUGUAGAUAUUCGCAACAGUUCUGCGACCAAUUCUUUUGGGCUAUCUCCGGCCAAGGGGCCGGGUAAUAAACUAGUACAAUUAAAAAAAAUGGAAAUACAAUGAGAUGUGGAGGGGCCUACUAUUCUUCAUCUCCCUCCCAGAUUGAUAAAACCCAAGUCAUCUUCAUAAUUUUUACCUUUCCCUUCCCAACUACUUCUCUUCCAGCAUCCCGCUGCCGGGGCACCCUCCUGUAAUUUUGCUCCCGACGAAAGACCGGCGGCCGGGAGGUGGAAAGAUAAAACCUCAGAGAACCAAUCAUGGCUUCCCUCUUCAUCUCCAACCCUAACCUCUCCUCUCCCUUCGUCCCUCAAACCCUUAAACGCUUACAGAAGAAGGACGCGGCGGCGGCUGCGUCUUACAAUCCGCUUCCCAAGUGCUCUAGAGGUCAUACCGUCGUCAAGUGUUCCGUGGAUGCCCCUUACGAAGGCAGUGCACCGAAGUUCCCUCGGAUGACUGUUUGGGAUCCUUAUAAGCGUCUGGGAGUCAGCCCUUACGCUAACGAGGAGGAAAUUUGGGGUGCUCGUAACUUCCUCCUGGAACAGUAUUCAGGACACGAGGGGAGUGAAGAAUCUAUAGAAGCUGCUUUUGAGAGACUUCUGAUGACCAGCUUCAAGCAACGUAAGAAGACGAAGAUUAAUCUGAAAACCAGGCUAAAGAAGCAGGUCGACGAGUCUCCAGCUUGGGUGAAGAACUUGCUCAGUUUUGUGGAACUCCCUCCAAUGGAUAUCAUCUUCAGGAGAUUGUUCCUUUUUGCAUUUAUGGGUGGAUGGAGUAUCAUGAACUCUGCCGAAGGCGGACCUGCUUUUCAGGUGGCUGUCUCUUUGGCAGCAUGCAUAUAUUUCCUCAAUGAGAAGACAAAGAGCCUGGGCAGAGCUUUUGCCAUCGGUCUAGGAGCUCUUGCAACUGGGUGGGUAUGCGGCUCCAUUCUGGUUCCCAUCAUUCCAACAGUUCUAAUACACCCUACGUGGACGCUGGAACUCAUGACGUCGUUGGUAGCCUACUGUUUCUUGUUCCUCGGUUGUACUUUCCUCAAAUGAAGUAAAGACUCCAGUUAGUGAUACCAGAACUUUCAGUCUGUAUGAUCACAACUCUAUUGAACUUAGAUUACAGCAUUUCUUCUUUGAUAAUGAUCCAUGCGAAUCGAUGUCUCUGUACUGCAUCAAUUUUGUUUCGAGUGCCACUGAAAGUGAAAUCAAUCACAUUCCCAGCU